UGAAAGCAAGUAUUUUCCUGGAAAAUAGGGAGCUACACUCUGCCUGAAUGGAUGAGCACGGAGCCGGUGGCGGACAGGCUGAUAAGGAUACAGAAGGUGACAUUUUGCCGCGCUUCAAGGGAUUGCCAAAUAUCGUCGAGGGCGUCAAUGAUAUCUAUGCGCAUUUGGUGCAACGCCAUGUUCAAAACUAUCCCCCCGAUGGCAGCUUUACGAAAUGGGUAGACCCGCAAAUAAUCAUACUAUUCGAGACGGGCAAUAUUAAUCAGGUGAUUGAAGCGGCUGUCAGGGAUCUUAAGCAUCCCAUUGGCACGGGCCUUGUGGCCAGCAUACUGGUGCAGGAGCCAUUGAGUCAGACAUUGAUAUACAAAAUCCGUGCCCGAAUGGAGCUGAUGGAUGAGCGCAUUGCUGCACAUCCAAAUUUUUUGAACACACUGAAAAUGAUUGAGCGAAUGAAUUGCAAGACUAUCAAAAUUGAGGAAUAUGAUCCGGCGGAUAAGCAAAAGCUAUAUGGUCGAAUGAAACCGAGAUCACCAAUUGUCGUUUUGGACUUUCCACAAAUCUAUUUUGGCAACAAGCCAUCGGCUGUUAUAACGAUAAAUACGUUUCGGAAUUUAAAAGAAGCCGUUAAGCUUUGUCGUCGAGAGGGUCUCGAGUUCGAUACGGUUUCCGUGUGGACAAGCAAAUUAACGGAGGGCUAUGAUCUGCUCUAUGGUCUCUCAAGAUACCCAAAUUUCAGAUUCAAUUGUAUAAAUGUGCCCUUCAAGGCCCAUGCCAUGGUAACGAUCAAAAACGGGUAUCACUAUGAAGUGAUUGCAGUUGACGGCGAGUUGAAGACCAUUGUUUUUCCACUACAAGACGACUCCUAACUAGCUCCCAACUACAAAUAUGCUGUGUACAUUUUCAAAAUCGAAUUAAAAAAAGACAAUUAUUUGUGGUUAGUAAUAAAAGUCAAAUUGAUCAAACUUUGCAACAGUUU